CUAAGGAAGAUAUUUUUGUGGGAGACUUACUCUCUCUGGUUUAUUCUAUUCAGGGUUUCUAGAAUUAGGCGUAUUCAUGUGUUUUAGUUAUGGCUAUGGCAAAGGCAGAUCUCGAUCUUGACUAAUGGUGAUGACAACUAGCUUGGUUUGCUUUGAUGCUGGUUUCUUUAGUGCCCAAUUGGGUAGGGCAUUUUUUUUUGUAAAAAUAGGUCAAGUUUAUUGAAUUCAAGAAGGAUUUUAGUUUUAUUUUGUUCUUUAGUUUAGGUAGUUUUUUUAAUAGGACCAAGACUAUUAGGAGACUUUGUCAUGGGAGAGAGUAUCUUGGAGACCUAACCUAGCAGACUCUAGCAGCAUUGCGCCUAACUCUAUCGACCAAGUCAUCUCCUUCAUUCCUUCUCUGUUUGCGUCUUAUAGCGCACACAUUCUACUCUCUCUAUCUGAAGAGUCUGGAAGGAAAAGAUCGUUUGCUUUAUGAGAAGAAACGCAAAAUUAGAGAAGCUCUUGAAGAGGGAAAGCCAAUCCCAACUGAACUCAGAAACGAAGAAGCAGCUCUUCGUCAACAAAUUGACCUUGAAGAUGAACACACAGCUGUGCCUAGGUCUACUAUUGACGAUGAAUAUGCACAUGCUGCCGAAAAGGAUCCCAAAAUUUUGAUUACUACUUCUCUCAACCCAAGUGAUCCUCUAACUCGAUUUGUCAAGGAAUUAAAGAUUGUAUUCCCUAAUGCGAUACGAAUGAAUCGUGGCAGUCAGGGAAUACCGGAAAUCAUUGAAACUUGCCGUAGUCAUGACUUUACGGAUGUGGUUUUAGUUCAUGAGUUUCGAGGAGUUCCUGAUGGAAUUAUCAUCAGUCAUUUACCUUUCGGUCCAACUGCCCACUUUAGAUUACUCAAUGUGGUAACAAGACAUGAUAUUAAGGACAAAAAGGCUAUGGGAACAAUGCCUGAGGCUUACCCUCAUCUGAUAUUUGACAACUUCUCUACUAAGCUUGGUGAAAGAACUGUAAAUAUUCUAAAGCAUCUGUUUCCAGUUCCAAAGCCCGACACGAAACGUAUUAUCACAUUUGCUAAUCAGUCUGAUUUUAUCUCAUUCAGACACCAUAUCUAUGAGAAACGGGGAGGUCCCAAAUCAAUUGAACUGAAAGAGGUUGGCCCUCGAUUUGAACUUCAGCUUCAUAAGAUCCAGCUAGGAACUGUGGAUCAACAAGAAGCUCAAACCGAAUGGGUCAUGAGACCAUACAUGAACACCUCCAAGAAAAGGAACCUUCUUGGGCAGUGACAGUUCGGUUUCAUUCUUUUCAUGAGUUUGGCCAUACAAGAGUUUUGCUUGUAAAGAGAGCAACUUGGUACCAAGAGGUUUGUGUUUGUGCUGUUAUACUUUAAAAGGAUUUGGCUCUCUGGGUUACUUUCAAGAGGGUAUCAGUUUGCUAUGAGACAACCAUUUGGUCAUUUAUCUGGAUUGCUACUUAGUUUCAGACUUAUCCAUUGCCCCAUGUAAAAGUUUGGAUUUGCAGAGGGGAAUUUGGGGAGUUGGAAAUUCUAUUCUUACAU